CUACCAACCUAAUUGAACCCUUCGUUUCAGAGUUUAGCCUCCAUAGUUUUCCCCUUUAAAACCCUUAUUUAUCACUUCCCUGAUUCAAAUCCUUCUCUGGCUAUCUCUCUAUCGUUUUCCCUUGGAAGUCAUUUUUUUUAUCUUCUUCCCUGUUCCUUGAAAUCCAAGUAUCAGCUUCGUCAACCCAACGACCAGAACCUUGAAAAAGCUUUGGGAUAUAUUCAUGAGUUGCAACGGGUGUCGAGUCUUACGAAAAGGAUGCAGCGACACUUGUGUUCUACGUACAUGUCUACAAUGGAUCGAGAAUUCCGAAUCGCAGGGUUUCGCCACCGUUUUCGUCGCCAAGUUCUUCGGCCGCGCUGGUCUCAUGUCUUUCAUUUGCGCCGUUUCUGAAUCUCAGCGCCCUGCUUUGUUCCAGUCGCUGUUGUUCGAAGCUUGCGGGAGAACGGUGAAUCCCGCGAAUGGAGCCGUCGGGCUUCUAUGUACCGGGAACUGGCAUGUUUGUCAAGAGGCGGUCGAAACCGUUCUCCGUGGCGGAACUCCACGGCCGUUACCGGAAUUCAUGGCUCCGAUAUCGGAAUGUAAUGAAGCAUCGGAAGCUUCCGGUACGGAGGACGUGUGGAAGUUGCAAGAAACGGUUACGAGUUUGAACUCCAACUGUCGGUUUUCCGGUUCAAGAUCUAAGGUUUCAUCACAUAAGCGUAAAACCAUGGAUGAGUUGAAGAAAUCACAGCCGUCCGAUCUGGAUCUUUGCUUGACUCCAAAUUAUAAAGGAAACCGAAUGGCGGAUAAUAACCGGCCGGGGACCCCGUCUAUGAAAUCGGAGGAAUCCGUCACGACGGCUACGUGCUUUGAAAGUGGGCUUGCAGAUGAUGGGAAGUUACUAAACUUGUUUGUUUAAAGAGAAAAUAAAGAAAAAGAGUAUUCUUUUUUUCGGUGAAUCUAACCUUGAAAUGAUUUGCGGGGUUAGAUUAUUUAGGGGGGGGGGCACGUUUUCCCGGAAAAUUUAUUUUCCGGUGAGAGCCUGUAAAAAUUACCGGCAUAUGAUUCCUCUCUUGGUAUUUGUUUAGUACUGUAAAAACUGUGCGUGAGAAAGAAAAUGAGUAUGUCGAUGAUCAUGUUUUUUGUCA